AUGCCCCCAGGCAUUCUUUUCACUCUAAAGAGAGACAUCCAGCAGUAUGACGUGGGGAAAAGUCUUAUCCUCGCGCCCCAUUCGCCACCAGCUGCAUAUGGACUCCCGGGGUACCGUCUUCCGCCUGGCGUCACAACUGACGACCUCGUACCCUCGUCCUUCCCUGACGACCAGAAUCUAGAACCGACCCAGCAGGCCUUCAAGUACACCCCCUUGAACUACGACCCUGAUAAGCAACUUGUCGAAGAGGAAAAGGUUCAUCUCAAAAUCGUCGAGAUCUUGAAGGGCGGCCUGACCGCUGGCAUCCAGACGAUCGUGUGUGAAGUGAUCAAAGCCCCCGUCAACCCCGAGAAAAGCAGCCUCAAGGUGGAAGAUCUCGUGGUUGCCAGGGUUCACGAUCCUUUAUUCUCUUCUUGGGAUUACGAUCCUUUUUUCCCGUGGAAGCCUUCCUCAAGAGCGGACGUCAUCUUCGCCAACGAGGCCGGCAUCUAUGAAUACAUGGAACAGCACAACCUGACCGGUCACCCCCACCUCGCACCUCGAUUCUUCGGAACCUGGACAGCGCAGAUGACGAGCAGCAACAUCGAGUUCCGCGGGAAGACCCGACCUGUAUGCGUCACCCUGAUCGAGUAUAUCCAAGGCACCCUCCUGUCGGACCUCCUCGCACGCGGCGACGGAGGAGAAUUUAUCAUGGCCCCCGGACCGCUGCAGCUUUAUGAAGGAAGCGAGACCCUCUUAGAACCCGACGAGACAACCCGCCUCGAGGUUUUGCGUCAAUUGAUGGACGGCGACUCAAGACAUCUCCAUCACGGCGUCAACCACAGAGAGAUCGACCCUAGCAAAAUCAUGAUCACCAUGCGGAACGGCUCACAGGACUUGGAGACCCCGCGGGCGGUGUUGAUCGGCUUCCAUGGGGCCUACUUGGAGUCCUUCCUGAAGGAGUCCGAUUCCAGACACGUCAGCCAGAAGUUGCCUCCUCAUCCGUUCUUUCUGUACGAUGUCACCGCCAUGCAUCCCUUCUUUCCUUGGGCGCCCAUGCACUGGAAGGAAUCUGAAGACGAUCGCUAUCCCAUCAGCCUCGGAUUUCAGGCAUGGCUUGUCGAGACGUUCGGAAGUCUGAAGGAGAAUGACACUUAUCGAAUUUCCCAGAAAAUACCGGUGGAAAAAUUACGACCCGGACUUUACGAGAAGAUUGGUCCGCUGGUCGAUGCCUUUGACGACCUUGAAAUCGAUGAAUUCAUCUAG